UUAUUUAAUAGAGUUAUAGAAGCUAUGUCCUUGUGUUCUGACUCUAAACAUAUAAAAGUACAGCACUAGCAUCGCUGUAAUCCGUCUCCAGGAAGCACCGUGUGUGUUUUGAACCGUUACUGGUGCAACACCAGGAAGCAGGAAGACGAGUCCAUACCAGGGAAAGAUGGCGUUUGAAAAGAGCAGCAUUGCAGUUAUGUCGCGGCUCCGAGGUGUCCGGUCUUGGAAGACUGAGACAUUCUGCCGAUUUUUCAGCCUGUUUUUGCUUUUGGGGUGCCUCCCAGUCUCUCUGGUCCAGGCCGAUAUAACAGACGGCAACACCGAACACUUGAAGCGGGAGCACUCGCUCAUCAAACCAUACCAGGGUGUAGGGACAAGUUCAACUCCUCUGUGGGAUUUUGGAGGCAGCACACUGUUGACCAGCCAGUACGUCCGACUGACCCCUGAUGAGAGAAGCAAACAGGGGUCCAUUUGGAACAGAGUGCCGUGUUUCCUGAAGGACUGGGAGUUGCACGUCCAGUUCAAAAUCCAUGGGUCAGGAAGGAAGAAUCUGCAUGGAGAUGGAAUUGGCAUCUGGUACACAAAAGAGAAGCUACAACCUGGGUCUGUCUUCGGAAGUCAGGAUCAUUUCGUUGGACUGGGCAUUUUUGUGGAUACUUUCCGCAAUGAACUCCAAGGAAUGGAUCGUUCAUUCCCUUAUAUAUCUGCCAUGAUAAAUAAUGGAUCCCUGGUUUAUGACCACGGGAAGGAUGGGCGCCCAACUGAGCUGGGGGGGUGUUCGGCAGAGGUCCGUAACAAGGACCACGAUACCUACCUGGCUGUUCGCUACUCCAAGGGCAGGCUGACGGUUAUGAUUGAUGUUGAAGACCGCAACGAAUGGAAGGAAUGUUUCGAUGUCUCAGGAGUUCGACUCCCCACUGGAUACUUAUUUGGGUCGUCUGCGGCUACAGGUGACCUUGCAGAUAACCAUGACAUCCUCUCAAUGAAGGUGUACCAGCUGAUGGUGGAGCACACCCCUGAGGAGGACAGCAUGGACUGGACCAAAAUAGAGCCCAGCGUCAGCCUGCUCAAAUCACCCAAAGACAACAUCGACGACCCGACUGGUAAUUUCCGAAGCUCCCCUCUGACUGGGUGGAAGGUGUUCCUGCUGCUGCUCUGCUCUUUGCUUGGCAUCAUCGUCUGUGCGGUCGUGGGCGCCGUAGUCUUCCAGAAGCGCCAGGAGAGAAACAAGCGUUUUUAUUGAACAGGAAAACAAUCCAUGCGAUUUUGUUUAACGUAAGAUCGUUUUCUAAUGUUCAUAUGGUAGGACAUGCUCUCUUAAACAGCAGCCUCGUGACAGCAUAAAGAAAGAAUCGGCGAUAAUCUGGGUCUGAACAAGCGUAAUAUUUUCUGUUCAAUGAAGUGUCAUUAGGUAGUACUGGUUCUCUACUCUUAUUUUUGAUUUACUAUGACAAGUAGUAAAACACAUAUUCAGUCCUGCUUUCUCCCCCCUUUGCUAAACAGUAAGCCUGUGGUGUGUCCUGUACAGUGAACUGCUAGCAGUUUUAUUUCUUCAUACCAAUGAUGUUUUGACUUUAGUUUGAAGUUUAUUUUGUUGUUUGUAAUUUCCUUAUUGUGCACUCUGUCUAUCUUUUUGCUUACAGGUGUGUGACCAUUUUCAAAACUCAUUUUUUAAGCAUUCUCAGUGCGCAUUGUUUUUAAAUUUGCAAAACUCGUUCCAAGAGUUGAAACAGAUUCCAUGUGUUUGUGUGUGUGAUGGUCAUAUUCUUGUUCACGUUGCCUUUUGCAACCCAAGCUUCAAAGCCCGUAUUCUUGACUGUCGUUUCAAAUAGUCAUUUGUCUUCCAAUGUGAAAUCAAACAAGUUUUCUCUGAGAGACAUAAAUCUGCCGUUCAGAAAGAAACGCACAGUGAGGCAGUUGUAAUAGUUUUCGUCUGAACAGCAAAAUAAAAUUGGAAAAACAAGUUCAAGGUAACCAAUGUUUUUUUGGGGGGGUUUUUUGUGUGUGUACUGAAGCUAAAUGAAAAUACAGAAUCUUCAGAUGGAUAGUUUACUAUGAUUUAUACAGCAAUUGGUUACUCUGAAUUGCCUGUAGAGAAAUCAGAGGUGUUGAGCUUUUAAUGUUUCAGUGUACUUUAAUAUCAUCCUUUUGUCGGCUUAGUUCCUAGUAAAGGUUCAGAAAGAGAACAUGGGUAUCUGAUGGUGGAGGGGUAUUAGUUCUCUGCGUGGGAUUAUCCUCAAAAAGAAAUGAUUGGAAAUCCUUACAGAAGAGGAGAUCGAUACAUUUCUGUAGAAAAAAAAGAAUAAUUCAGGGCUCAGAAUGAACAGUGUGUCUCUCUUAAGUAUUUUAAUGCAGUCAAGUUGUGCCAAAAGGCGGUUUUCAUUGUAUUGUGGAAACUAGUCAAGUGCAUGUUGUUGGGUAUCAUUUAGCCAGUGUUUGACAGCAUAUUCCAGUGUAGAAAAGCUGCAAACCAUCUGCUAUCCCCGAUUAGCACUAAUCUUGGAUUCCUUACCUGAAAUAACAUUAGGUUGUCCUAGGCUAGUGCUAGUCAGUGUCUGUGAAACCAGCCUUUUAUCACCUUAUCCCUCUCAACCUGAAAUGCUAUUAUUGCACCAGAGUCUGCUUUAUCCCCCCACUUCACCAUACAAACUGAACUAAAUACAUUUCCAGGAAAUUAAAUUGGCCCUAGUGAAUGCACUAAUAAUGAUAAUAAUAAUAAUAGUCAUACAUUUAGAGGAGGCAUUGUAAAAUGGAUUGGACAGUCACACGUGGGGCUGAUUGCCACAGCGAGCAUUGCAUGCAAUGGUUUGUGAUUCUUGGUGAUUUACUUGCAUGUCUUUAAUGUGUGCAUACUCUGCAGGGUUAUUACAACCUUGCAUGUCUGUUCGUGUUAGCUAAAGUUGAUCUGGACAGCAGAGGCAGCCAUUGCUGCCAAUUCUUCAUUCUGAGCCCUGCAGAGAAGGAAUAAAGGGUGGAAAGUGUGUGUUCAUGCUAACUUUAAUGCAGCGGGACGGAGACUUUGUGUGUGGUCCUGGAGUAAUUAAAGGUGAUUCUAGUUA